AUGACAGUGAACCUCGACCAGCUCCUCCUGCCCAGCCAGGAGUUGUCGUGGGAUUUGCUUGAUCUUAUCCAGGAAGAUCCCGUGAUACCCAAGUCGCAGGUGUGUGAGCAAUUGCUCACCCAGCCCGAAGCCAUCAAUCGCACUACUUUCCGGUUCAAGCGCAAGGGCAUCAACGGCGCCAUCCUGGGCUACCUGGAGGAAAUCAAGAAAGAUGCCGUGGGCCAAGCCAACUCGAUGAACUCGCUUUCGGUGACGAGAAAGUUCUCUCUGAAAAGCGAAUCCCUCCGCGGUAAGACGUCGUUCUUGCCGUUUCAACCCGGGGGGCUCGUGCUGCUGUCAACCCAGCCGCCUCGGGACGACCUGGAGUUUUUGCAUCGUAACGACCAGGGGUUGUUUGACAUUCCCCAAGGGUUCGAACGCGGGUUACGUCUCGCUACCGUCGUCGACACCGACCACUCGACACAAACCUUAGAUCUUGAAGCCGAGGCUGCCAAUGGCAAUAACGACGAUAAAGACGAAGACUACUCCCUUAAGUUCACUGAGACUGACGGUGACGAUGUGGAGGAAGUGAAAGAUUCUUCAUCUUCAGCAUUGGACGUGCCGGCGUCGGAGAUCGAUGGCCUCGUGCCGUUUGACCACGCCGCCAUGCUCAUGGACCAGCUCAUGAUUAAGAAGCCGGUGAAGAAGGAUUGGGCCCACGUGGUUGAUUUAAACCAUAAGAUCGAAAACUUCUCCGAGUUGGUGCCCAACCCGGCGAGAACGUGGCCGUUUGAACUCGAUACCUUCCAAAAGGAAGCCGUAUACCAUUUGGAACAGGGCGACUCGGUGUUUGUUGCCGCCCAUACAUCUGCGGGUAAGACGGUGGUGGCAGAAUACGCCAUCGCCAUGGCUGCUCGCAACAUGACCAAAGCCAUCUACACUUCCCCCAUCAAGGCCCUUUCUAAUCAGAAGUUCCGCGACUUCAAGGAAACGUUCCCCGAUAUGGAUAUUGGUCUCAUCACCGGUGACGUCCAGAUCAACCCGGAGGCCAACUGCUUGAUCAUGACCACCGAGAUCUUGCGGCUGAUGUUGUACCGCGGCGCCGACCUCAUCCGGGACGUCGAGUUCGUCAUCUUUGACGAAGUGCACUACGUCAACGAUAUUGAGCGAGGUGUGGUGUGGGAGGAAGUGAUCAUCAUGCUUCCUGACCACGUCAAAUAUAUUCUUUUGUCGGCUACCGUCCCCAAUACGUUUGAGUUUGCUAACUGGGUCGGUCGUACUAAGCAUAAGGAUAUCUACGUGAUUCUGACGCCCAAGAGACCGGUGCCGUUGGAAAUGUUCAUCUACGCCAAACAAAAGAUGUUUAAGGUGGUCGAUGCCAACCGUAAGUUCGUGGAGAGCGAAUUCACUGCCCAUCGGGAUUUACUCGAUAAGCCUAAGCCUGGUGCAGGUACGCUUGGCCACAGUGGCACCGCGCUUCGGGGCGGCCGUGGUGGCACUGCUCGAGGCGGUAACCGUGGUGGUGGACGUGGUGGUGGUGGUGGUGGUGGCCGUGGCGGUCGUGGUGGAGCACCGAUGAACAACCGGGGCAAUUUUGCCGCCAAAACGUCGCUGGGACGAGGGUUUGCCCGUGAUGGCCCGUCAAAGAAUACUUGGCAACAAUUGGUGCAGUACUUGAAGGGCAAUAACUUACUCCCCGCAGUAAUCUUUGUGUUCUCGAAGAAAAAAUGUGAAGAGUGGGCCGACCUGUUGCUGACGAUUGACUUCUGCAACGCUCGAGAAAAGCUGGAAAUCCACAUGUUCAUCGACCGAGCCGUGCUGAGACUUAAGAAGGAAGACCGUGAACUCCCUCAGAUUUUGAAGGUUAGAGAUAUGCUCAGUCGCGGGGUGGCAGUGCACCACGGGGGGCUUUUGCCCAUUGUCAAAGAGUGUAUUGAAAUUCUCUUUGCCAAGCUGCUUAUCAAAGUGUUGUUUGCCACCGAAACCUUUGCUAUGGGGCUUAAUUUGCCCACUCGUACGGUGGUGUUUUCCCAACUCAGAAAGAACGAUGGCCGCAGUUUCCGUAACUUACUCCCCGGUGAGUUCACGCAAAUGGCGGGUCGUGCCGGGCGGCGUGGGUUGGAUCUGACGGGUACGGUGAUUCUUAUGGCGUACACCGAGCCGUUAGCACAACUGGAUUUCAAGGAAAUCACCCUUGGUCUCCCGACGAAAUUGCUGUCUCAGUUCCGCCUUACCUAUAACAUGAUUUUAAACUUGCUCCGUAUCGAAGCGUUGCGGGUGGAAGAGAUGAUCAAACACUCGUUCCUGGAAAACCUGACCCAGGUGCUUUUACCGGAAAACAAAACGAAGUUGGAGAAACUUCAAAAGCUGUUGUUGGAAGUUAAAGUCACCCCCUGCGACGAGUGUCAACUUGUGGGCACCGAGGAAACGUUUGAACUCAUGCAACAAUACCAGAAAGUAUACUCUGAGAUCUGCUCGAUCAUUGGGAAACUGCCCGUGGUUAGGUCUCAAUUGCUUAAUCCUGGGAGAAUGGUGAUAUUCCGCCACGAGGGCCAAGGUAUACGGGUGGGGUUUGUCGUACGCCUGCUUAUGGCCAAUUCCGAUAUACUUGUGCUUACGUUCAAUCAUGGCAAGUUUGCUGCCAAUGCUGAUAAGUACCAGUUACCCUAUGUGCCGGUGCGUGAUUAUCUCAAACGCCACAUGAGCAAGCCAACGUUUAAGAAUGGCCUCAACGUGGUGGCCACCCCUGUGGAGUCGAUCCAAUUGAUCAGUCGGUACACGCUCAGGGCGUCAAUCAACGCGAUUAUCAAAAAUGAUCCGGCGGCGGUGGCGCAAGCCGGUGAAGAGAUUACAAAAGUGCUUGUAUAUUUCCCCAAAUUGCAGGAGCUCACGUUGGCUCGCGCCACUCAGUUAUCGCUCCAUGAUCUCUUGGUGAAGAAAGCCCCCUUGAUCGAAGCGAUCGCAGCGCAACCCGCCCUCCACUGUUCUCAAUUCAAAGAACACUACCGCGAGUUACGGGAAAAGCAACAAUUGUUGGGUCAAAUUGAGGACAUCCAGAAAAUGAUCUCGGACGAAAACCUUGAACUUUUGCCUGACUACGAGCAAAGACUUGAGGUGUUGCAAGAAUUAGGCUUUAUCAACGAACACCACAACGUGGUGCUUAAAGGGCGGGUGGCGUGUGAAGUGAACCUGGGGUGGGAGUUGGUGAUCACCGAGCUCAUCUUGGACAACUUCCUCGGCGACUUCGAGCCCGAGGAGAUCGUGGCGUUGCUUUCUUGCUUUGUUUACGAAGGCCGCACCAACGAAGAGGAACCCCCCUGUAUGACCCCUCGACUCGAAAAGGGCAAGAAACGCAUCCUUGAGAUUACCGGUAAGCUCAUCAAGGUGUUCAGUGACCAUCAAGUAGUCUUAACUACCGACGAGGAGGAGUUCUUGGACCGCAAACGGUUCGCGUUGGUCAAUGUCGUCUACGAAUGGGCGCGGGGGCUUUCGUUCAACGAAAUCAUGCAGAUGCUGGUGGAAGCGGAAGGGACGAUUGUCCGGGUGAUCACUCGUCUCGACGAAGUGUGCCGUGAGGUGAAGAACGCGGCGUUGAUCGUGGGUGAUCUGCAGCUCCACUCGAAGAUGAGCGAGGCCCAGGAGAGAAUCAAGCGCGACAUUGUGUUCUGUGCCUCGUUAUAUUUGUGA